GCUACCUUCCUGUUCAAGUGAGCACAUCACAACAAGUCAGCUGUCAUCUGAGAUAAAUAAGUGUCUUGGGGAGCUGUCAUCCAUGGAGCAAGAGCUGCAGAGGCUGCGGAGGGACGCCAGCAUGAAGUCCUCCCAGCUCAGCCGCGUGGAGGAGAUCGUGCAGAAGACCCAGGGUCUACUGGAGGAGAAGAACGACACGGUUGUGGACUUGGAGGAGAAGCUCCACUGCUGUGAGGAGAACAGGCGGAACUCUGCGCAGCGGGCGCAGGCUCUGGAGGGACAGCUACAGGAGGUGCGCGAUGAAAUGCACGACACCCUAAAGAACCUACAGGAGCUGAGAGACCUGUUACAGCGCACGCAGCUCAGCGCAGAUGAACGACAGAUCUCACUGGAGAAACUGUCCGCCGAGCUCAGGGAGAGCCAGAGGGAGUUGGAGGAGAGGAACCAUGAGGUGUUAGACAUGGACACAGCACUGAAGGAGAGACAGGGGGAGCUCCAACAGAGACUGGGCCAGUUGGACGUGGUCAUCAGAGACCAUAAGCUGGAGAUAGACAAGAAGGGUCAGUCCUUACAGCAGACUGGACCAGAGAGAGAUGUCAAAGACUGAGACAAACAUCCAUUCACUCAUUUGGGGUCGUUGUUGCUCCUGGUGGAGUUUCUGAGUGAGAGGACUCUGCAUCAGGGCCAGCACCUGUGUGUGUGUCGGGGGCAGCUGGAGAGAACAGCGUAAGAACUCCAGAGGAUGACUCAGGAGCUGCAGGACACUCACUCGCUGUGAGAGCCUAAGCAGACAGAUGGACAGCAUCACCCAACAUGUCAAGGAGAAGGAGGUGCAGGAGAGAAGUCUGGAGGAGGAGCUGUCUGCCAGGGAGGUGCGCUGGGUCCAGGGAGAGGCCAGACUGUCUCCUCCCUGCAGCAGGAGCUGGACCAGGUAACUCUGAAAACCGUCGACGGGCGAAUGAUACAUUCGUAAAUAGAAAUACCUGCCCUUUGGCAUUAAGGGUUCAAUAACACAGGCCAGAGAACACCUGAUAAUGACAGAGACGGUGACGGAAUCAAACCUACAUUGAAUCUCGGCUGCAAGGAUAAGGUCAG